AUGCCUCUCGCCGGCCAGAAACGCAAGCGAAGCCCCAGCGAGAACAUCCAGCCAACUCCACAACUACAGCAUCCUUAUCUGAGCGGCAACUUUGCUCCCAUCCAGCAGACGCUCCCUCUCACGCCAUGUACAUACACUGGAUCGAUACCCAAAGAGCUGGCGGAUGGCGAGUAUGUCCGCAAUGGCAGCAAUCCCGUCUCAAACGAAGACCUGGGCCGAGAUGCACAUUGGUUCGACGGUGACGGCAUGCUGUCUGGUGUCUCGUUUCGAAGGGACGAAGAUACUGGCAGCAUUGAGCCGGACUUUGUCAACCAAUUCAUUCUUACAGAUCUCUACCUGAGCACACUGUCGAGUCCGAGGGUACGGAAGCCCAUAUUGCCCUCCAUCGCCACCCUUGUCAAUCCUUUGGCCAGCAUAUUCUACGUCACGCAAAAGAUCAAGAAGAUCAGUGUCGGGAACACAAACGUCGUGUAUCACGAUGGCAGAGCAAUGGCACUUUGCGAGAGUGGGCCGCCAAUGCGGAUACAAUUGCCUGGGUUGGAGACGGUUGGAUGGUACAAUGGGUCGACGGCAGAGGGAGAGUCUGAGAAGGAGAAGUUCGUUGAGGAUGGCAAGAAGGUUGAAGAGAAGGACAAGGUGUUCGGCCAGGACAGCGGCCUGAUCAGCUUCAUGCGGGAGUGGACGACUGCACACCCCAAGGUCGACCCAGUGACGAAGGAGAUGGUCAUGUUCCAUUCAUGCUUUGCGCCGCCAUACGUCCAAUACAGCAGCAUUCCGCAGGCAGAAGUGGCCGGGCUCAGCGACGAGGCGCCUUUGAAGAAGAUACUGAACGCUGCUGUACCAGGCGUCGGAAGUGCCAAGAUGAUGCACGAUUUCGGCGUGUCGUUGAAGCAUACCGUUAUCAUGGACCUGCCUCUUUCGCUUGACCCCGUCAAUCAGCUGAAAGGCUUGCCACCGGUGUCCUACGAUGCAAGCCAGCCGUCGCGCUUUGGCGUCUUCCCUCGGCCGCAUCCCGAGCAGGUCCGUUGGUUUGAGACCGAAGCGGCCUGCAUCUUCCAUACUGCGAAUACGUGGGGUGAUACCAACGGAUCUGGGGAAACAACAUCCGUCAACAUGCUGGCCUGCCGCCUCACUUCAGCCACCAUGAUCUUCGCAGCUGGGAACAUCGCACCGCCGCCUCCACUUGUCCCGAAGCCUGUGGCCAAAUCUAAACGCCGGAUGUCGUUUUUCUCCAAGUAUGAUUACGACGCAGAGGAGACCAUCUACGAGCGGGCACCGUUACUUGAGUCGCCACUCGCCGAGAAAGAGGCUUUCAUAACAGUCAACAACCUCAACUACGAGCAGGCCGAAGAACCCUUCUACAACGAAGAGCAGUGCCGCCUGUACUACUACAACUUCAACCUCAAGACCGGCGCCAUCGAUCAUCAAUGGGCGCUCUCCGCUAUUCCCUUUGAGUUCCCCUCCGUGCAUCCGAAGCUCGAGAUGCAAGAGGCGCGCUAUAUCUACGGCUGCUCCACCACGACGACCUCCUUCGGUUCUGCCCUGGGCAAGGCUACCAAGAUCGAUGCAUUGGUUAAAGUAGACGCUCUAUCCCUCGUCGAGCGCGGCCAACGCUGCCCACCUCGCAGCAUCACCGGCGUAGUGGACAACCGCACCAUGGCCACCGUCCUCAAUUCCUCCGACCCCGACGACCCGACCUCCGUCUUCCGCAUGCCUGACGGCUGGUUCGCGCAAGAACCACGCUUCGUCCCCGCCUCUUCCAAUGAAGCUGAAGAUGAUGGAUACCUCCUCUUCUACGCGUUCGACGAAAGCCAGCUCAACAGCUCCGGCGACGUACCCUCCGACUCCGGCCCGCAGCGCGCGAAGAGCGAGUUAUGGAUCGUCAAUGCUCGCAACAUGAAGGACGUCAUUGCAAAGGUGAAGCUGCCGCAGCGCGUACCAUAUGGUCUGCAUGGGAGUUGGUUCGAUGCGGAGAUGAUCCGGGAGCAGCGGCCGGUGGAUAGCAUCAGGACGACUGCGAAGGCGCUGGAGGCGAAGGAGGGAGGGGUGUGGAUGGGGAUGAGAGAUUGGCUGGAGCGGAUGCUUGGGUGA